GGGACGGGGCGGGGCCGCGGCGGCGACGGGAGAGGGGCGCCCCCUGGCGGAGAGCGCUGAGGGAAGGGCCCAGAGCCGCUCCUGCCGCCUGUCCCAGGUGACACAGCCAUCCCCAUCACCGCCACCAUGGGCUCUGUGCGUUCCCUGUCCGCCGCCAGCGCUGCCCCGAGCUGCAGGAAGGCCGAGGAUGAGGAGGAUGAGGAGGUGUUGGUCAGCCAGGAGCCUGUGCAGGACGGGGCCAAGAAUCCCUACGUGGAGUUCACGGGCCAGGACAGCAUCACCUGCCCCACCUGCCAAGGCACCGGCCGCAUCCCUUCAGAGCAGGUGAACGAGUUGGUGGCUCUGAUCCCCUACAGCGACCAACGGCUUCGUCCUCAGAGAACGAAACUCUAUGUGCUGCUCUCAGUGCUGCUCUGCCUGCUGCUGUCUGGCCUGGGGGUUUUCUUCCUGUUCCCUCACUCGGUGCUGGUGGACGAUGAUGGCAUCAAAGUGGUGCAGGUGUGGUUUGACAGGAAGAACUCCACUGUCCUCCUGGCCAUCACGGCCACGCUGAGGAUCAGGAAUUCCAACUUCUACUCGGUGGCAGUGAGCAGCCUGAGCAGCCAGGUGCAGUACAUGAACACCGUGGUGGGCAGGCAGCAGCUCACCAACGUCUCCAGCAUCCAGCCCCUGAGGGACAAACUGGUGAAUUUCACCGUGAAGGCAGAGCUGGGUGGAUCCCUGUCCUAUGUGUAUUUUUUCUGCACUUUGCCCAAGGUGAAGGUCCACAACAUCGUGAUCCUCAUGAGGACCUCGGUGAGGCUCUCCUACAUCGGCCACAGCGCCCAGAGCACCCUGGAGACCUUCCACUACCUGGACUGCAGCUCCAACUCCACGGCGCCGGCCCGGGGGACGCCCUGAGGGCCCCGCGGGCCCCCCGAGCGGCUCUGCGGGGACAGACCCGGCGCCUCCUCCGCCGCCCUGCCGGGGAUGCUCCUUCCCUUCCUUCCUGCCAAGGAAUCCGGAACCGAGGGCUGAAAUCCCAGAGAUUUGCAGUGGUUUGCACCUGUUCUGGAAGCUUGGCACCAUCAGGGUGUUUUGGGGUAAAUGGAUUUAAUUUUUGAGAGUGAAUGGGUUUAUUUUUUUCAGGGAAAAUGAAUUUGUUUUCCUGCUCAAUGGUGGCAGCACCUCAAGACCCCAAAAAAGGGAGAAUUCCCACCUGGAAUGAGCCUCUGUUACACCUUUGGAAGGAGCCAAAGGAACCCAAGUCUUUGGAAUUAAUCUCUCUCUCAUUUUCCCCCUGUGGCUCCGACCCCUUUGGCAUCCAGAGGCUCUUCCCUGGGGUUUGAAAUCCGGGAAUUUGCUGCUUUUUGUGCUCCACUUCCCAAAGCAGCGGGGAUUGGAGGGGGUUCUGUGGGAGGCUGGGAUUCCAAGGCCUCCCUGCCGGGAGCUGGACAUUCCUGCCAGCCGCUAUCCCGAGCAAAGCCCAGCUGCCAGCCCGGCCCCCGCAGCCCUUUGGCAUUUUGCCCCUUUUUGGGAGGUUUUUUCUGGAAUUUCAGCCCUCCUUUCCCGUGGGAUUCGGGAGCCAGACACAGUUACAUGGGAGGGGAUCUUCCCUGGAUUUUGGGGUGACAGUGGCACAAAAUCCACACUCCGCUCUCUUUUCCAGCAAGAGAUUCCUGCCCCUUCAGCAUUUGUGAGGCUGAAUUCUUCUGAAAUCAAUAAACCUGAUCUGGAUCUUUC